AUGUCGGGCAGGGGCGGCCAGCGAUUACAGGUCGUUCUGGACGAGGAAGAACUGCUUUUCGACCGAGAGAACACCAACAUCUUCAGCGACGAGUGGCUCCAAGGGACGUAUCAGUGGACUUCGGUGGAGACGAUGCCUUCCCGAGUCAACCUCACCCUCCGAGCCGUCGUGGGAAUCCCCCAGGACAGCACAACGACGUACCACGCAGUAGACGACGUGGCAGUGUUCGCGGGGGAGUGUCCGACCGUCCUCUCCACGUGCACGGUCGAGGGCGGGGACACGUGCGGCUGGUCCAACACCUUCGCACACGACGACAUGGACUGGCUGGUGUUCGCGGGCCCUUCGCCCAGCUCUCCUGACGCAGGCCCGUCCUUCGACUACACACUCGGGGACAGCGACCCCCUCGGAGGACACUACCUGGUACUCGACUCCCACGAGGCCGGGGAACACCGCAUGGCCGCCCUCCGCUCGCACCUCCUCCCUGGCCACGGCGCCUACUGCCUCUCCUUCUACUACUUCAUGAAGGGCUCGCACGUCGGUCGCUUGGAAGUCAGGACGUGGAGCUCCGUCGGGGGCUUGUCCGGGAGUGAAAAGGUCGUCUGGGUUCUCUAUGGCGCCAGAGAAGGAACGUGGCAGUACGGGUCCGUUGGCAUCACAGCUGAGGAGGACGUCUGGAUUGCGUUCCAAGGGAGUGUGCUGAGUGCCGGCGGAGGCGACAUCGGCCUGGAUGACAUCACCGUCAGCAAGGAAGCGUGCGGAGUGCAGCCGCCUGAAGCUGAGGUGUCUCCCUCUGAGCCGCCAGAGACAGAACCACCGGUCAUAACGGAGUGGAGCUGCGACUUCGAGGACGAGGGCGACUGGCUGUGCGGCUUGAGAGAGGUCGCAGGAGGGUGGCAGGUCAAGGCAGGCUGGGACGCGGCCGAGGGGACCAACCCGCCGCUCGACCACACUACCUCCUCUGGUGAUGGCCACAUGCUGUACCUGCCUGGCUCUAAAACCGAACAAGCCAAACUGGAGACACCUUCCCUUGGAUUCUCCGGCGACAGCGAAGCCUCCUGCCUAUCGCUGUGGUAUCGUAUUCCUACUUCAGACGCUGGGACACUGAAAGCUUUCAUGAAGGACUUCAAUAAAGAAGACAACGUCCCAGUUCUACAGGUGGAUGGGAGUUGGGGGUCGAAGGAUUGGCUCUAUGCCCAGACCUGGCUCAACCCAACGACCUCAGGCCAGUUCGAGGUUCGCUUGCGCGGAGAACCCGGAGGAGCCGAAGACGCCGGAAUAGCUGUCGAUGACGUCAGAAUAACAGCGGGCUCGUGUCCGUGGCUGCGACAGUGUGAGUUCCAGGACUCCACUUGCCUGUGGGAAGUGGAGGCCCGGGAGGAGAGCUUCCAAUGGACAGUAACGACGGGACAGGACAGUCACGGACCUGAAAAAGAUCAUACCUUCAACGAGAACUCAGGAGGCUAUCUAACGGCCUACACCAACGGGACGACGCCGGGGGUUUCCAGCACACUCAAGAGCGUCACUCUGCCCCCCUCAGCCACCUGCCUCAACUUCUGGUGGGCCAUCAGUGGACCUGGCGUUGGGACGCUACAGAUCCUGCUAAAAGGCGUAUCAUGGGAGUCUUGGAAGGUCGUUUGGAGUCUGGAUAACCCAACCGACGGCGACGCUGGAGCCCAGGGAGAAUGGCACCCCGGGAGUGUCCCUUACAACCACACUGACUCGGGCCUUGUCCUGGCGUUCCAUGUGAUCAACCAUAAAAAGAACUCUGGUUGGAUAGCUCUGGAUGAUGUGGCUGCUCCUCCUCCUCCGCAGUAA